CAAGAAGGAGGGGGAACGCUGUAAACGCUUUCUUUGGUAGCCUUUCACGCGACCUUUACUCUCAUGCGGGCCCCUGUUCCUCUGGCAAAACUUUGGCCACGGAUGAGGGCGCCUAGAACUUGGCCUGCGUUUGCGGACCAGGCACGUUCCACGGGGGAGCACCUGGAUACCCCCAGGGUUCCAGCAGGCGGAGAGAAGAAACACCUGUACCUUAGAAGGGAUAUCAGCAUGAACAAUAUCACCCAGCUACCAGAAGAUGCAUUUAAGAACUUUCCUUUCCUAGAGGAGCUACAACUGGCUGGCAAUGACCUUUCAUUUAUCCACCCAAAAGCCUUGUCUGGCUUGAAAGAACUCAAAGUCCUAACGCUCCAGAAUAAUCAGUUGAAAACAGUACCCAGUGAAGCCAUUCAUGGACUGAGUGCUUUGCAGUCUUUACGCUUAGAUGCCAACCAUAUUACCUCAGUCCCCGAGGACAGUUUUGAAGGGCUUGUCCAGUUACGACAUCUGUGGCUGGAUGACAACAGCUUGACGGAAGUGCCUGUGCGUCCCCUCAGCAACCUGCCAACCCUGCAGGCGCUGACUUUGGCUCUCAACAAUAUCUCAAGCAUCCCUGACUUUGCAUUCACCAACCUUUCAAGCCUGGUUGUUCUGCAUCUUCAUAACAAUAAAAUUAAAAGCCUCAGCCAGCACUGUUUUGACGGACUAGAUAAUCUGGAAACCUUGGACUUGAAUUAUAAUAACUUGGAUGAAUUUCCUCAGGCUAUUAAAGCCCUUCCCAGCCUAAAAGAGCUGGGAUUUCACAGUAACUCGAUUUCUGUUAUCCCUGAUGGAGCAUUUGGUGGUAAUCCACUGUUAAGAACUAUCCACUUGUAUGAUAAUCCUCUGUCUUUUGUGGGGAACUCCGCAUUUCACAACCUGUCUGAUCUGCAUUCCUUAGUCAUUCGUGGUGCAAGCCUGGUGCAGUGGUUCCCCAACCUGACUGGAACCGUCCAUCUGGAGAGUCUAACCCUGACAGGAACAAAGAUAAGCAGCAUACCUGAUGAUCUGUGCCAAAACCAAAAGAUGCUGAGGACCCUGGACUUAUCUUACAACAAUAUAAGAGACCUUCCGAGUUUCACUGGCUGUCAUGCUUUGGAGGAAAUUUCAUUGCAGCGUAAUCAAAUCUACAUAAUAAAGGAAAAUACUUUUCAAGGCCUAGCAUCCCUAAGGAUUCUAGAUCUGAGUAGAAACAUGAUCCAAGAAAUUCACAGUGGAGCUUUUGCUAAACUUGGGACAAUUACUAACCUGGAUGUAAGUUUCAACGAAUUAACUUCACUUCCUACGGAAGGCCUGAGUGGGCUCAAUCAACUAAAACUCGUGGGCAACUUCAAGCUGAAAGACGCCUUGGCAGCCAGAGACUUUGCUAAUCUUAGGUCUCUAUCAGUACCAUAUGCUUAUCAGUGUUGUGCAUUUUGGGGGUGUGACUCUUAUGCAAAUUUAAACACAGAAGAUAACAGCCUCCAAGACCACAGUGUGACAAAGGAGAAAGGUGCCACUGAUGCAACAAAUGUCACCAGCACUGCUGAAAAUGAAGAACAUAGCCAAAUAAUUAUCCACUGUACACCUUCAACAGGUGCUUUUAAGCCCUGUGAAUAUUUACUGGGAAGCUGGAUGAUUCGCCUGACAGUGUGGUUCAUUUUCCUGGUCGCCUUGCUUUUCAACCUGCUUGUCAUUGUAACAGUGUUUGCAUCUUGUUCGUCACUGCCUGCCUCCAAGCUCUUCAUAGGCUUAAUUUCUGUGUCUAACUUACUCAUGGGCAUCUACACUGGCAUCCUUACUUUUCUUGAUGCUGUGUCCUGGGGCCGGUUUGCCGAAUUUGGCAUUUGGUGGGAAACUGGCAGUGGCUGCAAGGUAGCUGGGUCUCUGGCGGUCUUCUCCUCAGAGAGCGCCGUAUUCCUAUUAAUGCUGGCAGCUGUGGAAAGAAGUGUGUCUGCAAAGGAUAUAAUGAAAAACGGGAAAAGCAGUCACCUUAGACAGUUCCGGAUCACUGCCCUCGUAGCUUUGCUGGGUGCUGCAGUGGCAGGCUGCUUCCCGCUUUUCCACGGAGGGGAAUAUUCUGCAUCUCCCUUGUGUUUGCCAUUUCCUACAGGAGAAACACCGGCGUUAGGAUUUACUGUGACCUUAGUGCUAUUAAACUCACUAGCAUUUUUAUUAAUGGCCGUUAUCUACACUAAACUGUACUGCAACUUAGAGAAAGAAGACCUGUCAGAAAACUCCCAAUCUAGCAUGAUUAAGCACGUUGCUUGGCUGAUCUUCACCAACUGUAUCUUCUUCUGCCCUGUUGCGUUUUUCUCGUUUGCACCAUUGAUCACGGCAAUCUCUAUCAGCCCCGAGAUAAUGAAGUCUGUUACACUGAUAUUCUUCCCGUUGCCUUCUUGCCUGAAUCCAGUCCUCUACGUUUUCUUCAACCCAAAGUUUAAGGAAGACUGGAAGCUAGUAAAGCGGCGUGUUACUAGGAAACACGGGUCUGUUUCCGUCUCCAUCAGCAGCCAAGGUUGUGGGGAACAGGAUUUCUACUAUGACUGUGCCAUGUAUCCCCACUUGCAGGGUAACCUGACGGUGUGUGACUGCUGUGAGUCAUUUCUUUUGACAAAACCAGUAUCGUGCAAACACUUAAUAAAAUCACACAGUUGUCCUGUGUUGACAGUGGCCUCUUGCCAAAGACCAGAGGCCUACUGGUCCGAUUGUGGAACACAGUCGGCCCACUCUGACUAUGCAGAUGAAGAAGAUUCCUUUGUCUCAGACAGCUCUGACCAGGUACAGGCCUGUGGACGAGCCUGCUUCUACCAGAGUCGCGGAUUCCCUCUGGUGCGCUAUGCGUAUAAUCUACCAAGGGUCAGAGACUGAACUGCAGUGUCUGUAACUGUUUCCCUGCAUCAGCCAAAUCACAGGAUUCAGUGAGCUGUCUGCCCUUUGACCUUUCAUCUGGGCAGCACUUCUGUGAUCGCUGCCUGGUGUCAACGCAGAAGGGGAAGAAGGUGGCAGUUUAUUUCUCAAGCCAGACAUUUGUCAAGAAUGGAUGCCUAAAUUAUAAAUUGUUGAAAAAAAUUGUGAUGUCCCAGUAAUGUGUGCUCUAUUUGAAAGAAGUACAACUUAAAAAUGAUAUGAUGUAUGGCACAGCAAUAUAAAAUUAGGUUUGGUUUUUUUUUUU